AUGAAGCACGCGGCCCACUCGCGCUUCGCAUCGGCGGCGGCGCUGGACGCCUACGACUUCGACGACGCGUCCGCGGCCACGCAGGAGCUCGUGGACGAGUGCAAGCGCCGCAACUGGAACAGCCGCGCCAAGCGCCAGCAGCACAGCUCAGUCAGCUCUAGCUCUACUACCAGUGGCAAUGCUGGUGCCUCUGCUUCUGUGGCUGCUGCGACGGACUCGCUCCGGUUCGCGGAUCUGCGGACGCAGGACCCGUCGGUGUUCGCGCACUUGCUGGCUGACCAUUUUGUGGCUAAAGAGGCUGCGGCUACUGCGCCCUGUGCGCCAGCCAAGCCGCAGCAUCGGGCGAGGCCGGUGGCCGGCGCUGUGAGCUUGGGCAGCUUCCGCAGCUGGCAGUUCGGGGAGCGCUGUCUGGCCACGUACCGCGUGCUGUUCGGCCGGCCGCUGUGGACUGCAGCCACGCCGGCGGCCGUGCCGGUGUGCUCGCCCCGUCCGAGGAAGAGGAAGCACGUGACGCCGCCCACCAGCAGCAGCUCCGAGAGCUCGGAAGGGGAUCAGCUGGACAUGAUGGAGCUCGGGACGACGGGCGAGAUGCUAACGCUGCCGACGGUGAACGAGCUGCUAGAGCUCCCGACGGACGACGUGUUCGUCGUGGACGGCAAGGCUGACGCGUCCGCUGCUCCGCUCGAAGCGGACGACGUGCUCACGGGUCUAGCACUGGAUUUAGAUGCAGGAAUCGGGCAAGACGUGACGGCGGGAGGGGACACCAUUGACUUGUUAUGGGAGCUGGAUGCUGCAGACGUAGAUGGAGGCACGAUGCUGACAGAAGGGGAAGAGGAACUGCGUUUCUUGGCUCCGUCGCCCAGCUCGUUCUCGCCAGUCUGA